AUGGCCUCUGGACCAUCAGAUGUGUUGACCAACCAGGAUCCAGCAGACACAACAGAAGAGUGCACAGGUAAACCCACACUUGAAAUGCCUUUGCUAGCCUUUUAAAGAGGCUCUUCACUAUUCUCUGGUCAUGGGGAACUCUGUCUGUCUGUGGUAGUGCUAUGGUGAAUGUGUAACGGCAGAUCCUAUCUGAUCAGAUUUACAGUAUCUAAUCUGUAGGAAGGGAAUGGCAACACUACUUCCUUGUUUAUGUUGAUCAACGCCUCCUCUGAAGAUUUGUGUCUGCGAAGCCUUGGGGUUCAUUGCAAGUUGAAGUGAGAUGAUUUUAUCAUGGUGAGAAUCCCUCCACAAGAUCAAUGCUAAAGUAUCAGUGUUUCUUCUAGACCAGUGUGCUAUUAUCUCUCUUGCGGAAAGCACUGGGCUUCAGGGAGGAUCAGGUCAAGCUUAAGAAGGAGAUUUUCUUACAGUUUUAUUGGCAGGAAAUGAAGUACAAAAAAUAUAUCUCAUCAGCUCCCAUCAUCUCCCAUAAGAACAUAUUUUUCCACAGUCUGUCUUCCAACCCUUCACCCUGCUGUGAUGCGCUCUGGGAACAAGGAAGUCAGGGACUGCAAGGUCAGGCUGGGCACCGUCUCCGGAGGGCUAGCCGGGACGUGGAUUAGCCCUAUCCUUCAGGAAUAGGUCCAACUGACAAGGGGAAUAAUCUCUAUCGGAUUGAACUUCUAAAGCAGAGCACGGAGGGCGAAGUCCAUUAAAAUUAAUAAUUUGUCAGUGGCUGGAGGUGUGCUGGCGGGCCAGGGGAUAAUUUGGCAUACCCUGAUGGGCAGCUGCCCCAUGGCAGUAUCCUCGUGGCGGCCUGAGAGGGUAGUGGGGGAGAGGGGGGAAUUUUCCAAGGAGUUAAUCUGCAGUCAAGAUAAUAGUUAUAUGUGUACUACAGACUAGAUCGUUCUUGGUCAUGACUCUUCAAAGAUUUUUAGAUUUAUAAUACACAGUUUUAUUAGGUACACCCAUUUAGUACCGCGUCGGACCACACUUUGCCUCUAGAACAGCCUGAAUUCUUCGGGGAAUAGAUUCUAUAAGGUGUCGGAAACGUUAGUUGCUGAUUUGGUAUCAAGAGACCUAACGUGUGCCAGGAAAACAUUCCCCACACCAGUACACCACCGCCACCAGCCUGUACGAGGCAGGAUGGGUACAUGGAUUCAUGCUGCUUAUGCCAAAUCCUGACUCUGCCAUCAGCUUGACGCAACAGGAACCUGAAUUCGUCGGACCAGGCAAUGUUUUUAUACUCCUCAAUUGUCCAGUGUUGGUGAUCGCAUGCCCACUGGAGACACUUCUUGUUUUUAGUUGAUAGGAGUUGAACCUGUUGUGAUCGUCUGCGGUAAUAGCAAUCCGUGACGAGGACUGACAAGUUGUGCGUUCCGAGAUGCCGUUCUGCACACCACUGUUGUACUGCGCUGUUAUUUGUCUGUUUGUGGCCCGCCUGUUAGCUUGCAUGAUUCUUGCCAUUCUCCUUCCACCUCUCUCAUCAAGGAGCUGUGUUUUGUUUGUCGCACCGUCUCUGUAAACCCUAGACACUGUCGCGCGUGAAAGGUCACUCGUUUUGCCCAUUCUAAUGUUCAAUCGAACAGUGACUGGAUGCCUGUCUGCCUGCUUUAUAUAGCAAGCCACGGCCUCGUGACUCACUGUGUAGGAGCGAUACGUUUUCAUGAACGGGGUGGUGUACCUAAUAAUAAACUGGGCAGUGAGUGUAUAUGAUAAUAUAUGCCAAUUAGCAGACGCCUUUAUCCAAAGUGACUUAGUCAUGCGUGCAUACAUUUUACAUAUGGGUGGUCCCGGGAAUAGACCCCCUACCCUGGCGUUACAAGCGCCAUGCUCUACCAACUGAGCUACAAAGGACCACGUUUACCUGGGAUAACAGUUUGUAAUAGGUUUAACAUCAGCUCAAGGGGAGUAAGUUGUGGUUGGUUACGGCAGUGCUCUCCAGAUCAACAAGGAUAUUCAGUGGGACAGAACAUUUCUGUUUCUGACUGUUUAUCUCCUGGUCAUGCGUCUCCUUCAUGUAUCCCAUCUAGGCCUACAUUUAGCCUGUUUGCCAAAAAGACCCUCUCUGGACAAAAAUGUCUUCAAGUUUACAUUCUCAGCUAUUUGAACAGUAUGUAUCCAAGUAUGUAGUACCUCUCCUACUGGGAUGGAGUUUUCCAUUGAUUGUUGACUUCUCCAGCCAAACUGAAUGGGCCAAUUUAAAGUGUUGAUCAUGCCAGCUCUAGGCCUUGUCUACAAUUGGAUCUCAAGUGUUUUCCAGAGUAUGUGAGCCAGUCACGAGAUUGUGUGGCUUUAUAUAUAAAUAUAGUCUCUCACUAGCAAGCUUCACUCCUCCAAGGCAGAGCUCACUCUUUAAUCAGAUGAUUACAUUCCUGGCUGCUAAAGGUCUCCAUCCUAGGAUUUUUCACGUUGCAGUCAUCCCCUCCCAAAUAUUGGCAACAUUUCUAUGGAUCCAACUAACUUGACCUUCUCUUUUAAGAAUUGGCCAUUCUGCUUUGUUUCUGGUUCUGCUGCUACUUUGGUGUAAUUGACAUAUUGUUUCUAAAAUAGCUUGAUGUAUUAAUGAACUGUAGGCACCACCCAGCUCACUCCAGCAAAUGUCUCAGAUCUCGGUCUGCUAUUAUUCUCAACAAAGGUUUAGGGAGAGGGAGUUUUCACUCACAAAAAAGCGCUUGAAGUAGUUAAAAAGAGGUGUUGAGAAUUUCCACUGUGGUGCUAAUGUAAAUGGAACAAUGGGAGUAUUUUACUAUCUCAUUAAUGCUACCUGGGUUUAUGACCAACAGGGUAAAUUACUCUCACUUUACUUGAGUUCACAUGAGGGAAUAGUUACAUUUCAAAUAAUGAUAGAGGUUCGUUACAAAGCUUUGUUAGGUGAUCUUCUUUGUUCAGUGGUGAAAAGACGUGAAAGAAUAUGGUUAAAAACUGGUGUAAAAGGUAGUGAAGGAAUAGGUCCCAUUGUUAACUGGAGAUGAAUAACCUCUGCCAUGCUCUAUUCUUGAUGUGAUCUUCAUUGUAGGCAAGAAGAAGUCCAAGUUCCAGACCUUCAAGAACUUAUUUGCUAAGAAGAAGAGAAAGGAGGCCGCUGCUCCUGCCGGGGAGGACAGUGGGUUGAAGUGUAGCCAUUCUAGUGACAAUGUCAACGCCCCCAAACCUACACUUCUCAUCCGCUCUGAGAAAGACAAGGGCUCUGGGUAAGAUGAUAUUAUUUUCACAAUACAAGCAAUUUAAUUUGAUUCCCAAGGAACAAAUGCGUCAUUUAAUUUCUACCGGGUAGCGUGAAGUCUCCUCUACGUAUGUAUACAACUUUAAAGGUACAUAUUUGUUCUAAUUUAGAGUGGACUGCUAGGAAUUAACGUUCUGCAUACCGCUUAGUCACCUGAAUAAUAAACCAAGUCUUCUCCGCUCAUUUUAGAUCUUAGUGAAUUUUCAUUCAUUAAGCAUGCAGCAUUAUAGGCUACCUGCUGCAGAUGUCUUCCCCAGGGCUUGCGUUCCAAAUGGCUCCCUAUUUAGUGCACAACUUUUGACCAGGGUCCAUAGGGUUCUGGUCAAACGUAGUGCACUAUACAUGGAGUAGGGUGCCAUUUGGGACACAGUCAGGGCUAGUGACUUGUCAUUACUGCUCCUUUAGGUUUUUCUACAAACUUGAUUAGAUUUAGUCCUACAUGAUUGAAUGGAGACGACUCAGCCACUGCCUAACUGCUAAUGCCUAGGAGCUCAGAUGUUCUGAUCAGUCAUUUAACAUGAUGUCUCAUACUCAGUUGUUCUAUUUCUUUCUUUCAAAGGCCCAAAAUAAAUAUGGGGAAUAAGACUCUGUCACAUGACAGUGUCUUUGUCUCUGAAUCUCCCCUGUCAGAGGUGACUGAGGGUCUUGGAGUCUCUCAGGACAGCAUCCAUGGGAAAGUCAAGUCUCUACAGGUGGGUAGUAGAUCCUCUGUCCUAUUCCUCCAUACUGGGACUGGCUGGAAAAUGACCUGUUGUAGCUAUAAUUCUAUACUUUACACCCACAACGUGUGAAAACAAUGUGUCUCCAUAGCUCAUGUUACUAUCUCCUAAAUUCAGCUCUCUUCAUCGGUAUUAGCAUUGGCACUCUGUCUGUACAACCUGGGUAUAAAAUUAGCCAGUCUGGUCAUAAGCCGGUUAGACUGGGCGCUAGCGAAGGCUCAUCCUUAGUUGUCACUACCUGUUCUGGACAGAAUCCCACAGAGGGUCAGAGUGUACGUACAGAAGUCUGAAGCAUAAUACAGCUAGUGUUGACUAGGCACAACAACAUGCUAGAACAAGGAGGAGAUAAUCGAGAGAGAGACUUGGCUGGUGUUGUUCAGCCAUUUGGAGAAGAAUGGGGAUUCUAAAGCCUUGGAGGAGACAGACCUGAGACUGUGUCCUUGGGAGCAGCUGAGCUCAUACUGAUAGAGUAUAUUCCGUUUGUGUAUCUGUGGUACCGCUUUCUUUCACCACGCAAAGUCUAUUUCUCAGCUAGAGUGGACCUAUUGCUUCUUAACUCACUUUCACUUAUCAUUCCACUUUGAGAAGAGUUCUCUACAACUGGGUUGGAUAGCAUGGUCUCGGAGAAUACUUGAUCUGACAGGAAAAGUGUGGUCUCAGAGAACACUUGGUCUGACAGGAAAAGCGUUGUCUCAGAGAACACUUGGUCUGACAGGAAAAGCGUUGUCUCAGAGAACACUUGGUCUGACAGGAAAAGCGUGGUCUCAGAGAAUACUUGGUCUGACAGGAAAAGCGUGGUCUCAGAGAAUACUUGGUCUGACAGGAAAAGCGUGGUCUCAGAGACACUUGGUCUGACAGGAAAAGCGUGGUCUCAGAGAAUACUUGGUCUGACAGGAAAAGCGUGGUCUCAGAGACACUUGGUCUGACAGGAAAAGCCACUCUGCUUAGUGUACUAAUCCUGCACACACAUCAUGAUAGCCACUCCCUAUUAACACAAAAGUACUGGAAACACUUGAAAAUAGCUGAUAGGAGUGGUUGAUAAGUAUGUUAUUCCCCUGCAGCUCCAGCUGAAACAAUCAGGCUCUCCUCCGUCUCUGAUGAAACAGGCCAUCAGGCUCUCCUCUGUCUCUGAUGAAACAGGCCAUCAGGCUCUCAUCCGCCUCUGUUGAAACAGGCCAUCAGGCUGUCCUCUGUCUCUGUUGAAACAGGCCAUCAGGCUCUCCUCUGUCUCUGAUGAAACAGGCCAUCAGGCUCUCCUCUGUCUCUGUUGAAACAGGCCAUCAGGCUCUCCUCUGUCUCUGAUGAAACAGGUCAUCAGGCUCUCCUCUGUCUCUGAUGAAACAGGUCAUCAGGCUAGGUUCUCCUCCGUCUCUGUGUGUGAAGAAGAUGGAUGAUGCAGGGACUCUUUCGGAGGAUGACGGCCUACCCUGCAGCCCACCAGAGUACUCCACCCUGCACACUGUCCUGGCUGGGGUGUCCCACAGGGUACGCAUCAUUAUGCAGUCAGGACUCGCAUAGUAUUCAUGGGGUCUAUGGGGUCAACUUCAUGUUAGCGAUCAUUGCACGCACCAGAUUAGCUACAUAGCUAAUUCUCAUCUUCAGUCCCUAUUAUGAUUAUAAUUGUGUGGUAUGUGCUAUGUGACUGCAGUCACACGAUCCCUGUCACAUACAAUACAUACCACACAUUCAUGUUUCAUGAAAGCUACCAUGAGGAUGACUCCAUGCAUUCAUGCUUACUUCUACAGCACAGGAGGCUGGUGAGGGGAGGACGGCUCAUAAUAAUGCCUGGAAUGGAAUGGUAUUAAAACAUAUGGAAACCAUGUGUUUGAUACCAUUCCAGUAAUUCCGUUCCAGCCAUUACAAUGAGCCCGUCCUCCCCAAUUAAGGUGCUUCCAACCACCUGUGGUCUACUGAUCUAUUACUGCCGAUCACCCUCUUUCUAACUGCAUUGUCACUCAUCCUGUCUGUGUCUCAUUCCAGUCUUCCAAACUGGUGCAGAGGAACCGCUCCCUGAGUCUGGAAGGGACCGACAGCGAUGAAGACCAGGUAAUAACCAGUUAUCCAUGUCUCCAGUAUGCUACUUUGUUAUUGCAGUCAUGUGCUUCCUGUUCAGUGGACAUGGUGAACAAUCCUCCUGGUCAUUUGAUCACCAUGACCAAUCAGAAGUUGAGUGGGUUAUAUUGUCAUUUGAUUUUAAGAAUAAUAAAUUAAUGUCCCCCAGACGUAUUACAUGAGUUGAUGUCUUAGAGUACAUCUUUCUUUUGAUGACGUAUGAAGCUGUGUGUCUUUUGAUGAAGUAUGAAAGCUUCCAUGUCAGAUGCGGUGUUGAGCAAUAGGAGUGAAUCAGGAUGGAGACAUUGUUGAGCUGUAUACAUCCACAAUAUGUAGACCAGGGAUGGGCAACUGGUGGCCCGCGGUGCAAUUUCGAAAUUUGGUUGUGCAUCAGCAGUCACUCAAUUAGCCCAUGUCAGAAGGAAAAUGUAGAUUGGUAAGUUAGUCUAGCGGCCAGCUAUCUAAACUUGUAGUAAGCAUGGUCAAAUUACCAACUGGGGUGGGGUCCAUUGAUCAUAGUUAUCAUGUGAAAAACUGCAAAUAUUUGCCUCCACUAUAACUAUGGCAAAAUGAGUAGAAUUGCAUGAAAUGAGUUAUACAAUUGUUAAAUCUCUCUGCCCCAUGGCAAAAUGUGCAGAAUUGCAGAAAACUAAAUUGUAUUUAUUUAUUUGAGGCUCAGAGCAGCUUGUGCAGGCCAUAUUUACACCAUACAUGUACACAAUGGUUUGUUUUGUUAUACAUAUCAGAAUUUAAGAUCCUUAGAAACUGCUCUUUUCUGCCUCUCUCUCUCUCUCUCUCUCUCUCUCUGACUGAUUUGGUAAAAGAGUCACAUGAUCAAAUUACUGGAAGUGAUUAAUGAGCCGUGGUACAUGCUGUGUGAAGUGUAGCUCCCUCAGCACGUACGUUAGCGUUAUUAUCUUAGCUGGCACGCUUACAUUCCGCACAAUGGGACCAUUGGAUGGAAUAGACACUUGGCUAGUUUCUAUGAAUGCUGAUUGAAUCUUUUAAGGCUUUCUCAAAUGAACAGGAUUGUAAGGAAUCUGCCAAGAGACUCCAAAUAAUCCUUUGAAGUUGUGAAAGGAGUGUCCUAAAAGGGAGACUACAAUUUGGCAUUUGGUUGACUUAAAAAGGCUUACACGGCCCUCAAAUAGCACGUAGCUUCUAUUGUUUUUCUAUCAAUGAUGGUAGACCAUCUUUCUCAAUCAGCUGUCUUUUCCACAUAGCCAUGAGUUUAACAGGAGGUCAGAAGGGUACCUAACUCCAUUCAGCAUUUUAAAAUCCAAUUUUGUUUGUCACGUGCUUUGUAAACAACAAGUGUAGACUAACAGUGAAAUGCUUACGGGCCCUUCCUAACAAUGUAGAGAGAAGAAAAUUGAAAUAAUAGAAAAAUAAUAACACGAGGAAUAAAUACACAAUGAGUAAGGAUUUACUAUAUACACGGGGUACCAGUACCAGUCGAUGUGCAGGGAGGGGCACGAGGUAGUUGAGGUAGAUAUGUACAUAUAGGUGGGGAUAAAGUCUAAACUGCUGUCUUGUGGGAUGUCAGGAAGAUAGGGGACAGUCCCAUAGGCACGUAGAACUGGGGUACUAUCUUACCAAGGUGUGAUUUUCAGUAGUUGCUGUCUGUUCAACCUCAAUGACAAGCAAACACACACACAUACACAGAUGCACUAGUUUGUGCCUGAACCUCCAAAUAGUUGUCAUGUGCUUGUGUUUUGCCUCGUUUGUGAUGCUUCAGCUGGACCCAGAGCUGUAACAAGCUAGAAGAUGGUUUUUCAAGCCAUGAAAGGGAGUGUGCUGUUGGUUUUGGGGGGAGGGGGGGUUGCUCUUGAGUCUCCUGUGUGGUCUGAAUUAAUUCCAAUGGUUUUCUCUGGCAUUCAGGGUGUUUGCUACAAAUGGGGACAUAACACAAAUCACAGUCAGGGGGCCCUGCCAAGCUGAGCUCUGGUUAUAGAGUCUGGCUAUAGAACAAACACAAUACAUUUAAUUUACUAUAUCUAAUGAUCUAAUCCACUCUACUGGAUACAAUACCAAACACAAUACAUUGCAUUUACUUAUCUAAUCCACUCUGCUGGAUACAAUACCAAACACAAUACAUUGCAUUUACUUAUCUAAUCCACUCUGCUGGAUACAAUACCAAACACAAUACAUUGCAUUUACUUAUCUAAUCCACUCUGCUGGAUACAAUACCAAACACAAUACAUUGCAUUUACUUAUCUAAUCCACUCUGCUGGAUACAAUACCAAACACAAUACAUUGCAUUUACUUAUCUAAUCCACUCUGCUGGAUACAAUACCAAACACAAUACAUUGCAUUUACUUAUCUAAUCCACUCUUCUGGAUACAAUACCAAACACAAUACAUUUAAUUUACUAUAUAUAAUGAUCUAACCCACUCUGCUGGAUACAAUACCAAAUACAAUACAUUUAAUGUACUAUAUUUACAUUUACAUUUACGUCAUUUAGCAGACGCUCUUAUCCAGAGCGACUUACAAAUAGGACUAUAUCUAAUGAUCUAACCUACUCUGCUGGAUACAUUACCAACACAGAGGUAGUUUCACUUAUGACUACCUGUCUCUGGUUGCACAGGGCAAAUACACUGUGAUGCCCAUAAUGGGAGCAAUCCUAUUUGGUAAUAUGUUUGUGUUAAAUCUGUAUAGUAUAUGCCAGAUAGCUAUUUAUCCUAAGCAUCCAUUUUUUGUAUGAAAGCAAGAUGUUAGCUCAGAGGUGGCCCAUUGGCGUCUUCUUUUGAGCUCACUAUUCCUCAUUUUAGGGUAGACAGGUUGUCAUUGCAGAUCACUUAAAGUAAGUCAGGGUGUCGCUGAAGGUCAUUCGCCCUCCUGUCUCCUGUCCAUCUCUUUACCUUUUAGGGUGAAUUGCUGUCAGAAACAGUAGGUUAGACCUACAUUCCAGUGGGCUGAGAGUGGAGGCCUGUAUUCAGCUAAUGUAAGGGGGAGCCAGGCAAAAAAAUGCCAGGAUGUAGGUCUGCCUGGGACUUCAGCGGCUGGGUAUUUUUAGCUGCUGAGAGGUCUUGAUAAUGGCGUCCCUGACAUUGUUUAUCCAGCUGUUUAGACAGUCAGUCCUCCCUCUGUUUGUCUGAAUGCUUUUCCUUUGUCUUGAGUAGGAGACUGAGCCAUGUCUCAGGAUAGGGUUCAUCUGUAUCAGGUGAACAGCAAAACAGCAUUCUUGAAUCUGUUUAGCUGGUAUCUGGCAUCAGCAGAAAGUUCUGACGUGUGUGGACAGAUGUCUGAAGACAUUGAGGUUGUAAUAAUUGUAUUUAUUUGCUGUGUCAACAUGGCCUCUCUCAUGUGUAGAUGUCCUGUGAGGCAGGCUCCAGAUCGGUCAGUCCCCUGGUCCUCCUGCCUGUAGACUUCAGCCAGCCUGCCAGUCCCAUGGGCUGCCUGGACAACACUGCCGCUCGCCACCGCCUAGAUGUCCGACACAAGGCCUGCACCAAGACGAGGAGGCCCACCACUGUAAGAUAUACCCAUCCCAACACAACCAUCCGCUUCACUCCACUUACCUAGCCAACACACCCCCAACACCCCCUGUUCCAUGCCUAGCCUAACUCUCUGAUCACUAGAGCAGAACCCCUCCAAAAAUCUAUCCAAUAAGCCAAGAGAGUCCAGCCCAUGUAGCCCAACCACAACGCACCAGCCUGCCGUCAGCGUGCAUGGCUCAUGAGUCUACCAGAUCUGUGUAAAACAUGUCCCAUAUGACUGAAGCUGGAAAGCUUAAUGAUCUUUAAAUGAACUGUAUCGUUAAGAUGAAAUGACUCUUCUCUGUUCAGAGGGUUGAUGGCAGGGCUGAGGGAGAAUCAUUCCAGGAGGAAAGACUGAAUGUUGUCAUUCCAGAAUCUGUGGAGGAGGAGGAGCAAGGUAAUAUUAAUUAUCCUUAUCACAGUAACAAUACACAGAUAUAUACGAAAGCGUAAAUAUUGGUAAAAUAUGGGAAAGAUAAUCAUUCUUACUCAAUACAUUGACUGAUAAUAAGAUGAUAAUGAUAUAGGGACUUAGUGGGGCUCUGCUCUGACGUAGUUAUGUAUGUUCCAGAUGUGAAACGCGAGCAGGCUGGUGCUGCCGAGGAGGAGGACAAGGAGGAGGACCAGACAGAUGAGGUCGUGGUGUCCCAGCAGGCCGAGCGGUCAGCCCCAGAUGAAGAGGAGGAUAAGCAGGGUGACCAACAGGAAGUGUCUCAUGCUCAGGAUGCCCCCUCCCCCUCCUUAGAGAAUGACUCUGACUCUGAGGAAUGUCUUUCAGGCCAGGCUGAGGCUCCAGCUCCCCGGUUCCGGACCCAGACCGCCCCACUGCUUGGCUCCCUGAACUCUCUGGAGCCCCCUAUUGGAGAUGAUGACUUCCUCCUGGCCCCUCCUGGGUGUGAGGUGGCUGUGGAGGGAGGCUCUCUACUCCAGGAGGUGUUGAGCUUCCUCAAGGGUCCCCUGACAUCUGUCCUGGGGCUGGAGACAGAGGCUGUGCUCCUGGAGGUAGAGGUGAAUAUGGAGGGGUCAGAGGCUGAGAGCGGGGUGGAUGAGGUGGCAUCGGACCCACAGGAAGAAGCCUGUCUCCCCAGUGAUGGACCUGACUGCCCAGCAGAGCCCCAAGAGGAGGUGGAGGGUGAGCCUUAUGAAUCUGAGGAGGAGUUAGUGGUAGAACAUUUCAAACCAAAGGAGGAAGAGGAAGAUGCAGAGGAAAUCAACCCUGAGGACUUAACCAAAGAAGAUCAGUGCAUGCCUUCAGUGGAAGAGGAGGAAGAGAACAGUGGGGAGGGGGCAGAGGUAGAGGAGAAGGAAACAGAGGAAGCAGAGGAGGACAAAAUGGAGCCAGUCUCAGAGGUGCCAGUACAGACAGCCUUAUUGGAGCCAGAGGAGGACGAGGAUGUAACGCCAACCUCUGUGGAGGAUGAUUUCCAGCAGGUUCCAGACAAUGACAGAGACCCUGAGAGAGCUUGUGAGAGCCCUGAGUGCCCCACUGAGCUGCCUGACCAAACAGUCACAGACCAAGCCUGUGUCUCCCAGCUGCUAAACAGCAGUACACCUCCUCCAGAGUCCCUGGACCCGCCGGAGGCCCCUGCACACACCACACAGGACCAGGAAGAGCCCAGUGUAACAACUGAUCAGCCCAGUAUAACCAGUCCCAGUGCAGCCGCUGGCCCAGAGCAGAGCCCCCAGGAGCACUGUAGUGGACCAACUGCCACAGAGGAUCCUGGGAAACCAUCUGGUGGCUCUGAGCAGAGUAGACCCAGGUUCACCAUUGCCCCUGCCUGGCAAAGGUUGGCCACCAAAGAGCUAACCUCCCCUUUUCCAUCUCCCUCCCCCUCUGUCACUGUGCCUGGGGCUAUGGAAGCAAAAAGAGACCCCCCAAGUGGAGUGGAGCCACUUAGCCCUGUGGGGGCUGAAGUCCCUGCUAGUCCCAGCCCAACACAGAGUACCACAGCACCCAUCAUGCCCCCUGAAGACACUCCCCCUGCAUCCCAGGAGGAAGAGACCACUGAGAAUCCGUUUGGUGUCAGGCUGAGGAAGACCUCUGUGGGUAUGCUUCGCUUAGGCUCAGAGAGUGAAAAUCCCCCAGCACACCCACUUCCCAUAGAGCCACAGAGGGCCUUGUUCACUGAACCACAGCCAAACAGCAAACCUGCCCUGCCCAGAAAGCCCUCAGAGCUGGAUGAUAUGGUCAAGCCAAAGAGAACACCAGGUACUAAAACCAUCUUAGUCACCAUCACACCAGUCAGUGUUUACAGACACGUGUGAUAUUUGGCAUAUCCUUCACUUGUAAGGUCACCUUUGUUUGGAUCCAUUUUACAAUGUUGAGCUUUUAAGACUUAAGACUGCUGUUCUAACUUUGGACUAACAAUUCAUACUGAAACAGGUCCAUGAGUGCUGUUGAGAUCAGACUUAUUGAGAGCUAUCUAAAAAGAGACACAUCAACACCAAGGAGAGAUUUCUCCAUAUGACUAUUUCGAGCAACAAAUUAGCUGGAAUGGUUUUGUUUUUCUACAUUUGUCUUUCAUUCGUUUGCACCUACCUCUUUAUCUUCCAUUCCCACUCCAAACAAAAACAUUAUGCCAAAUGAAGUUACCAGGCCACUCCUAUAUAUUCCACACCAGUUGAAGACAUUUCUCCUGUGUUCUUUUGUUUCAGAUCUGUCUGUGGGUCGAGUGCCUAGUGGGGGAUCUCAAUCACCAAACUGGGUCUCAGUGGCCAGACAAAAGCAGAGGAUCUUAAAAGAGAACUCAUUGGAGGAAACCACAGAGAAGGUCCCUGCAGAGACGGUAGGGCUGGUGCACAUUGUUUCAUGUGUUCUUCUGUUUACCGAGAAGCCCACUGUUUGAGAGAGGAAAACAGUUGAUUUGUCAAUCAAUCAAUCCAUCCAUCCAUUUAUUCAUCCAGUCCUCACACAGAGCAAAAUACGUAUUUUUGGGCAGCUCUUUAUCAUUUAUGUUGAUGCAAUAACUAAUGUUUUAUGACUGUAAAGUUGUGUAGGUUCCAUUUACUUUGUUAUAUUGGAAUGAAUAAGCACUUAAUUCAUCUCUUCACAAAACCUAUAUUUCCAGGAGGAGCCUAACAGAAAAAGUUCAAUUCGUACAUUGACAAGUCCUGUCAAAAAAGACCAAGCCAAGCCUCCAGGAUCUCCUGUAAAAGGUUAGACUCAUCAGUGUCCCACUCUGCUACCUCACAUGCAUCUCUUUCUUAUUAAAGUGUUUUCAUUGUUCUCACCAAAGACUGAGUGUGAUUGAUACACUGCUGCCCCCUUGUGGAUCCCUACCUGAGCACUACUAAUCUUCAAUUACAUGCCUGAAAUGAGACGACAACUAAAAAAGUAGUCCUACCACAAAGUACCUUUUUAUCAAAAUUGACUUUGAAAUUGAAUUUUUUGAUCACAUUUGUCUCUUUGAGAUAAUGCCAAAAGUGAAUGUAUCUCUAAAGAUAUUCUCUGUUCGUUGUCCAUAGUAUCGUGUUCCCUGGAGAUCUCCAAGCCUGUCGUGGUUGAGAAGGAAGGGAAGAGAGCCCUGGCUCACCCAGCCCCUACAGCCCUGGCUCAGGACGAGCCCCCAUGGUUGGCCCUGGCUAAGAAGAAGGCCAAAGCCUGGAGCGAGAUGCCCCAGAUAGUGCAGUGA